CACAGUUUCACUUUGGCAAAUAUUUAACUGUUGUCUCUUUCUAUCACACAUUUAUCCAGAGCACAAGACGUUAGUGUUUUAGCUUUCCUAAACUGAGAACAAAGGAUUGAGAAAUGAAUAUGGGGAACAAUGAAUAACCUGAACCAUUUGGGAAUUUGGUCAUUCUGAACAUAUGGUAAAAACUGAAAAGAAAUUUGCUUUGUUCUUUCCAAAGUUGACUGCUCAAUCUGGGAUUGGGAUUUGCUCCAGAUACACCGAUCUGCUACAUCAUGUCAUUCCAGGAAGAUGACAUGGGGAAUUCCACCUGCAAGAAAUAUGUAGAUAUGGAUUUGUUCCUGCAUUGCUCACUAGUUCCCUCUAUUCUUAUCAUUUUGUCACUGUCUUUCCUUGAGAGGCGUGUAAACAGGUCAAAAUUAGACAAAAAAUUCUACUUGCUCAGCGGAAGAUUUGGAAUUGUCAUUCCCUUAGAUCUAAUUGGAACUUUCAGCAACAGGUGGACCUUUGGUUUUGCAUUUGGUGCAAUAGCUAACAAAGUCGUAUCCCUGUUUUCAGAGGAAUAUCUUCCCAUAGGAGUGCCUACCUGGGCAAGAGCCCUUGGUCUUUUUAUUGGAGCCAUUGAAGUUGGAUUGUCCUUUUAUCCUAUUUUUGCCUGUCUCACCACUGAAAAUAAAUUAGUUGGGUCUGUUACUGGAUUUCUGUACACUCUCACUUGGUUUAUCAUCACUACAAUAGACAUUGUCUCGUGCCCAGAUGGAGAUGUUCCAGGCAGCUAUGAAAAGGUCAUCUUUAAUUGGCCCUCCCUGCUCUGCUUCAUAUUCCUGCUUAUCAGAUUUGUUUACCUGUUUAUAAAGUCCAUCAGAAUAAUUAUAGGUGCGGAGGAUGUUAUUGCUGAAGGAAAAUGUUUUUUGCCACAACAUCAAGCUGAACAUGUGAAAAGAUUAUUCAAAAAGCCUGUGCAGGUGAAGAGAUCCUGGUUUGCUAGAAAAAUAUAUGAUUGGGACCCUUGUUUUAAAUUCCCCAGCAGAAUGAUUGGCACAACAGUUCUGUCCUUGUUAUGUCUGUACAUUUUUGUUACUAUAGAAUUUAGAGCAUUUAUGACUGGUUUACAACUGAUGACCCGUUUCGCAGAAUCAAUGGAACAGCCUGAAUCCAUGUUUUACGGACUGAACGACACAAUCACAUAUGUGAAGGAAUUUAUCAGUGCUUUUGAGGGUGCAUGGUUUUUCAGUACCUUCUUAGCAAGUGCCAUAACGGUUUCGUACAUAUUUCACAUUUUAAUCUGCUACAGAAAACACAUGAAGCGGCUUUGGGUUGGCGAAAAGUCUUUCCUGCCUAUAAAGUUUCAAGUACCCUCUCCUUCUGACAGUGUGGCGGCGAUUGCGAGAUAUUCUGGCUGGCAAGUUGCAUACAUUUUGUGGGGUUACCUGAUAAUGCACACUGUUCAGAUACUAUUAGGAAUGGCUUUCGUGUAUGCUUUUGUUUAUCCAAUAAAGCAUGGCCAAGCACUUCAGUUGUUUCAGGGCUUAGGUAUCUCAGUUCUCACAAUUGGCAUCGUAAUUGCGCUCAUGAUUCUGCAAGUUGUAUUCGCUCAAGUGUUCUUCCUGCAGAAAAAAAUCUCAAGUGAAGAUAAGAAGAAACCAUUGGCGCUCAACAACAGGAAGGCAUUUCACAACUUCAAUUACUUCUUCUUCUUUUACAAUGUGAUUCUUGGAUUGAGCGCCUGCCUAUGGAGAUUGCUCUGUAGUGUGAUACUGGGGAGCUGGCUAAUUGCUCGGAUUGACAGGUCAAUACUGCAAAGGGGAUAUGAAUCAGCUGAUACUGGUUACAUGACAUGGAUUGGAAUGAUAUAUGUGGAUCAUUAUCACACAAACCCGGUGCUUGUGAGCUUUUGCAACAUUCUUUUAACAUUGAGGGCUGAGAAAAGAGUACGAGAAUACUCUUCAUAUUAUGGAAUUGCUGACUCAACAGGUUCAAGUAUUUCAAUUCAAGCCCGGACACGAUGGCUUCUGUAUUACACUCUCUUGAAAAAUCCAAGGCUUAUAUUGCACAGGAAAAUGAAAGGAUCGGGUGAUGGAGAAAUGAGAAAUGCCAUAAACGACACUAGAAAUUUUCAGGCUUCUGUUUUGGAGGCUGUAGUAAGAAAUAACCUAGAAUUGCCUGUUGAUGCAAACUGUGUGGAAAUUAGGGAAGGGCAAUCAUCUGAAUCCUAACUUGCUACGGAAAAGUUUUCAGAAUCUUAAUUUAAUGCAAAACGACAUUUUCUAGAAGUAAAAAAAGGUCUAUUUUUUAUGGGUUAAUAUGUUUAAUGGACUAUGUUUGGUCAAUUUCCCCAUCACAUAUUUAACUUGGUGGGCCCCGGGUCUUUGGGCCCUGCUGUCCCAGACUUACUCAAUGCACUGCCUCUCCUUACCUUCCUCUCUGACCCCACAGAAAAAAAGGUGCACACGUGUGGGGGGUGGUGGGGUCAAAGAAGACUUUGCGGCUGGAGGCCCCCCAGUCCAACAAUGCUCACAUAGACCAGGUAGUCAAAGGACAAGGUGUUAUUGUUGUUUCAGUUGCUCCACUUGAAAUUCAAUGAUUGAGGAGGACAGGUUUUCACAUCCGUAUACUGGGGAAUAUAUUAAAAUUACGGGUAGAUAUGCAGGUUACAUUGAUUUUUGUGUAUAUAUUCUCAAAUACAAAAACAGUUUUGCCCUUUAAAAUAAGAUUUUCAGUACAUGAAUCACUUAUAAAGACUGCAUGUGGAAGGAUGGCUAAAGGGGAACAGGUGAUGAAAUGCAUUUUGAACAAAAUAAUCAUCCAAUACAUCCAUCCAUAUGUAUCUUUCAUUUAAAUGUUUUUUGGAUAGCAGAUAAGUAUAUAUAUGGAACUUAAUGAUUUUAAUGUUUUUAUUAUCUGGAACCUGCUCAGUGGGGAUGAGUCCUUGAGGGAAUGCUGAGCAUGUGCAAUAUAAAUAUUUUUUUUUGUUACACCUAUGGUACAGUAUAUGUUUUGUCCUGAGGAAGACGGCCCUUAGUGAUGCUGCAACGUUGACUAAUAAAAUAUCAUUUUUGAUGUAA